CCGCCUCGGCCUCCCAAAGUGCUGGGAUUACAGGCGUGAGCCACUGUGCCUGGCCAGUGUAUCACGUUUUGUAAAUGUGGCUUCUCUGGCUCUCAGGUAACUUCUGUGGGCAUCCAGAAAUUAAUUCCAGGAUGUUUUAGAUCCUUCGGCCUCUGUCAGACCUGAAAGUAAGCCAGCCUGCCUGGGUUAAUGUGCUGUUGAUGGCACAGGCCGUUUGCACUGGCGAUGUAGGGUGCUGCCCACUGAGCCAGGGUGCCCCAUUGUGUCAGAUGGGCCCAUGGCGACGGAGCCAGAGCAGCCCACAUGAGGGAGGAGACAGGGACCUGGCUUCUCUGCCUGUCCACACCUGGCAGGUCGUCCUUUGGGGACUCUGUUUUCUCAACUGUCAAGGACCAGAAUUCCCUCUUUCCCCUCUUGCGCUAUGGAUAAAGGCAUAGACAUGUUACAAGUGAUUAUGUAACUUUUCUCAUUAAAGAUAUGUAAUAACACGGUUCCCCAAGAUGCUCCAAGUAUUUGGUAAUUAUUGCAUGAAUUGAUUUUUGUUUUUAAGUCAAAACAUACUUUGGUAAACAUUCCUGUGAAGGGAGGCCCAUUCCAAGUCUGAGACAGAGUUGGAGUGCCACCAAGACCCUGCCUGGGGCCCCGCUGCUCUGCCAGCCAACUGAUGGGCUCCUUUACCCUAUCUCUUCCUGGCAGUGCUCCAUGGCGGUGAGGAAGAGGGUGAGGCCUCGCCACCCCGCGGAGGGCCCCCUGGCCCGCCCCAGUGCUGGAGACAAGUCUGGCCCCAUCUCCCCACUGGGAGCUUGGCCAACCCAGAUGUUCCCGCAGCCCCUCCCUCCACUCCUCGCUCCCUGGACAGGGCCCAUCUCCAGCGCAUUUUCCUCACUCCAAGCUCCUUACUUGCCAGAUUGCUUUGCCCGAGGAUUCCGUCCCAGGCUGGGAGGGGCUGGGGGACCCGAUUCUCUCAUUUCCCUGUGGUUUGGCAUUCCCGAGCCUUCCCUUGCCUCUGUUGCUUUCAGAGCGAGCCCCGCCGUUGUCUGCAGACUCUGGCUCCCUGGACAGGCAAAGGGAAAUGCCUGGGUCACCCUGAUGCCUCUGAGCCUGGUAACGGGAGCUAAUGAUGGCAAAUACAGACCGAGGGGCCACCUUGCCGCUGCCCGACCCUCCAGGGAACUUGAGCGCCGUCCCAUUUCUGAAACUCCUGGCGGUUGCUCAAUAAAUGGCGCUGUCCUGCCUCCACACAGCCUCUCCCACAUCCCGGUGCCCUUUCCAGGAUCCGAGUCAGCGUGGGCCCGAUGUCACUGAGGAAACAUCCCAGGAAUUCCUGUUCUUUCCCUCUGGAUGGCCCUCUUGUCUGCGGGAAGGGUGGGAGGAGCUAUUGUGUAUUUCUGCCUCAGCUUUAAGGGUAAAACUCCCCUCCAAAGGCCAGGUGGCUUCUCUCCUGACAGCCACUUGUCAGACACACUGAGCCCUGGAUUCCCACUCCGGUGGUCUGGCAUGGUGCUUCAAAGAGCUGACUUGGAUAUGGCAACGUGAUGGGGAAAGGAAGGUUGAGGUGGCAUCUAGAAGCACAGCACGGAGUGGAGUUUUGACCCUCGCCUUCCCGCUGUUCCCAGCAUUUGAAUGACUGUAUUAAGGGAAGUGAAUAUAUGUAUUGGGGGGCGGGGAGAAGUUAGAGAAAUAAACGCAGACAGCCUCAGA